GGCAGCGCCCGGAACAGGACCGUUGCGAGGCGGCCAGUUCCAAGUGCGCUAGGGCGUGGGGUGAGCCGUGGCCCUAAACGCGAGGACCACAAGGCCCUUUGCGCUCGAGACCUGGAAUCCGGGCCGCGGCUGCUGGAAGCAGGCCGGCUCAGCGGGACCACGGGGACUGACCUCGGCCUAGAGACCAUCCCUUCGCGCGAAGCCUGCCGCGAGUCCUUGGCGUCCCCUGCGGCGCGCUCUUGGAGCCACUUUCCCGAGCGGAAGUCAGCCUGCGACUCAGGCCCUGGUGGGACCUGCUCGGAGGAAUGGCGCCGCCGGGUUCAAGCACUGUCUUCCUGUUGGCCCUGACAAUCAUAGCCAGCAUCCAGGCUUUGACGCCUACUCACUACCUCACCAAGCAUGAUGUGGAAAGACUGAAAGUCUCGUUGGACCGCCCUUUCACAAAUUUGGAAUCUGCUUUCUAUUCCAUUGUGGGACUCAGCAGCCUUGGUGCCCAGGUAGCAGACGUAAAGAAAGCAUGCACCUUCAUUAAAUCCAACCUUGAUCCAAGCAACGUGGAUUCCCUUUUCUAUGCUGCCCAGUCCAGCCAGUCCCUCUCAGGGUGUGAGAUCUCUAUUUCAAAUGAAACCAAAGAUCUCCUCCUGGCAGCUGUCAGUGAAGACUCUUCUGUUACCCAGAUCUACCAUGCAGUUGCAGCCCUGAGUGGCUUUGGCCUCCCCUUGGCAUCCCAAGAAGCACUCGGAGCCCUAACCGCUCGUCUCAGCAAGGAAGAGACUGUGCUAGCAACAGUCCAGGCUCUGCAGACGGCUUCCCACCUGUCCCAGCAGGCUAACCUGAGGAGCAUCGUGGAGGAGAUUGAGGACCUUGUUGCUCGCCUGGAUGAACUGGGGGGCGUGUAUCUCCAGUUUGAAGAAGGACUGGAAACAACAGCACUAUUUGUGGCUGCCAUGUAUAAGCUCAUGGACCAUGUGGGGACUGAGCCAUCCAUUAAGGAGGAUCAGGUCAUCCAGCUGGUGAAUGCCAUCUUCAGUAAGAAGAACUUUGACUCACUCUCAGAAGCCUUUAGCGUAGCCUCUGCUGCAGCUGCUCUCUCCCAGAAUCGCUACCAUGUGCCAGUGGUCGUUGUGCCCGAGGGCUCUCCUUCUGACUCUCGCGAGCAGGCUGUCCUGCGGUUGCAAGUCACCAAUGUUCUAUCCCAGCCUCUGAUUCAGGCCACUGUUAAACUAGAGCAUGCUAAAUCCAUAGCUUCCAGAGCCACUGUUCUGCAGAAGACAUCUUUCACCCCUGUAGGGGAUGGUUUUGAGCUAAACUUCAUGAAUGCCAAAUUUUCCAGUGGUUAUUAUGACUUCUCUGUCAAAGUUGAAGGUGACAACCGUUACAUUGCAAAUACUGUAGAGCUCAGAGUCAAGAUCUCCACUGAAGUUGGCAUUACAAAUGUUGAUCUCUCCACUGUGGAUAAGGACCAGAGCAUUGCACCUAAAACCACCCGGGUGACCUACCCAGCUAAAGCCAAGGGCCCAUUCAUUGCAGACAGCCACCAGAACUUCGCCUUGUUCUUCCAGCUGGUAGAUGUGAACACUGGCGCUGAACUCACUCCUCACCAGACGUUUGUCCGGCUUCAUAACCAGAAGACUGGCCAGGAAGUGGUAUUUGUUGCUGAACCAGACAGCAAGAAUGUAUAUAAGUUUGAACUUGAUACCUCUGAAAGGAAGACUGAAUUUGAUUCUGCCUCUGGCACCUACACCCUCUACUUGAUCAUCGGAGAUGCUACUUUGAAGAACCCAAUCCUUUGGAAUGUGGCCGAUGUGAUUAUCAAGUUCCCUGAAGAAGAUGCUCCAUCAACUGUCCUGUCCAAGAACCUUUUCACUCCCAAACAGGAAAUUCAGCACCUGUUCCGUGAGCCUGAGAAGAGGCCCCCCACAGUGGUGUCCAAUACGUUCACCGCUCUGAUCCUCUCGCCCUUGCUCCUGCUCCUUGUUUUGUGGAUCCGGAUUGGUGCCAAUAUCUCCAACUUCACUUUUGCUCCUAGCACGAUUAUCUUUCACCUGGGACAUGCUGCCAUGCUGGGGCUGAUGUAUGUCUACUGGACUCAGCUCAACAUGUUCCAGACACUGAAGUACCUGGCCAUCUUGGGCAGUGUGACAUUUCUGGCUGGCAAUCGGAUGCUGGCCCAGCAGGCAAUCAAGAGAACAGCACAUUAGUUCCAGAAAAAGAAAAGAAAUUCUGAAAACUGCAAUGAAGUUGAGAAAAGGAGUCAAGAAUAAUUCACAAUUUGAAAAAAAAAGGAAUGAAAAACAAAACAAAACUUUAUGUAAAAAAAAAAAAACAUUGAGAUUGUGGUUAUACUUGUUCUUCAGUUUCCCCAGCACAGAGCAGAUACCCGAGUCCAGACAUUACUCUGUUUCAUUGGCAUGGCGCCCUAGCUAGAUGGCUGUGAAUAUUCUUAACUUACCCAGAUGUUGGUUUGGAAAGUUGAAAUCUGUAGUCUGUUUUGGAAUAAAGAGAAUGAUAAUAGGAACAAA